UGUUUUCAUGUGGAUAAAGGCAACAGACUAUUCAGCUGGACCUCCAGUCUGUGGUUGUUCAUGUAAAACCCGCCAGAGGCCCCAGCGUUCAGUGAAGUUAGUUUGCAGUGAUCAGUGUGUGUGUGUGUGUGGAGUCUGGCGCCAGGCGGCCGUGUGUUUAUCAGAGCUGUCCUGCCUGUAACCCUCAGCACUACACAAACACUUUUCCCAGAGAAUGCCAGGCCUUAUCAUCAGCCCACAUCUCCACUCACGUCCUCUCUCUCGCUCUCUUUCUUCUCCUCCAGAAUCCCCCCCACCCCCGUAUUCAAGAUAUCCCACCGAUUUUCUUAAACCACCUGAUUCUCCAGGUUCUGUGCCUGCUUCCACUGAAACUGGAGGAACGGCGUAUUCGGCCCCUAUGGGGUUCUCAGAUUCCCUGGCUCUUCAGGAGCGUGGAGAACAGCCUCAUUGGUGUGUGGUGGCGUACUGGGAGGAAAAGACCCGCGUUGGGCGCCUCUACUCCGUCCAGGAGCCAUCGCUGGACAUCUUUUAUGACCUACCUCAGGGCACGGGCUUUUGCUUGGGCCAGCUCGCCUCUGACAACAAGAGUCAACUGGUGCAAAUGGUUCGGGCCAAGAUCGGCUACGGCAUCCAGCUCAGCCGCGAACCCGACGGCGUGUGGUUAUAUAACAGGAGUUGCUACCCCAUAUUCAUCAAGUCAGCCACACUGGACAACCCCGACUCGCGUACGCUGCUGGUGCAUAAAGUAUUCCCCGGGUUUUCCAUCAAGGCCUUCGACUUCGAGAAGGCGGGAAGCCUACAGCGACCCAACGACCACGAGUUCAGCCAGCAGCCGCGGACGGGCUUCACCGUGCAGAUCAGUUUCGUGAAGGGCUGGGGGCAGUGCUACACCAGACAGUUCAUCAGCAGCUGCCCCUGCUGGCUGGAGGUCAUAUUCAAUAACCGAUAACAGCGAGCCCCGCCCCCCCAUUCCUUCAUCGCCAUGGAGACGGACUAGCCCUUACCUUAUAUGGACUGUUGUUUUUCUGUUUUGUUUUUCGCGAGAAGUUCUCCAGAAGAUGUUUUAUGAGAGAAAUGGAAAACGAAAACUCACUUUGACUUGUUUAAUAAAUGACUAAGAUUUAAUUGUGAAAUAAAAGCUCAAAUGUAUUUUAUGUUAAAUAUAAAUAUAUUAUUACCUGUAAAUACGAAGUUUUAUAUGCAUUGUUAUUUAUGUAUUGUGCGAUGUGUUGAUGAGAAAAAGAGAUGCACUUUGCUUAAUAUAAAUGCAAACAAAGAAAUGCCAAAAUAAAAGCAAAUAUACUGAAUACAUC